AUUGGGGAAAUCUCUGGAAACAGGGUUAAGAAAGAGGACACCAUAGCCCUGUCCUCCUGUCCUUUCUUCCUACACCAUGUGGAAGAACAGACAGGCUCUUCCCUGUCUCAUUUCAGUUCUUCUUGUCUUUCUGCCUUCUGCUUCCUCGAUCCAUUCAGAUCCGAAGUAUAUGGUGCUAGUCCCUUCCCAGCUCCUCACUGAGACCCCUGAGAAAAUCUGCCUCCAUCUAUACCAUCUGAAUGAGACGGUGAUGGUCAGAGCCACCUUGCAGUCUGGCUGGGGAAACAGAAGCCUGUUCAAUGAGCUUGUGGUCGACAAGGACUUGUUCCGCUGUGUUUCCUUUACUCUCCCCAGACUUUCCCUUUCUGAGGAGAAGGUGUCCCUUUCUGUCCACAUCAAAGGGCCAACACAUGAAUUCAGCAAAAAGACGGUGGUGCUGGUGAAGAACAAAGAAAGCGUUGUCUUUCUCCAGACAGACAAACCAGUGUACAAGCCAGGACAGUCAGUCAACUUUAGGGUUGUCUCUGUGGAUAAAAAUCUACACCCCCUGAGUGAGUUGUUUCCUUUGGUUUACAUUGAGGAUCCAAAAUCGAACCGAAUUAUGCAGUGGCAGAAUAUCAGCACAGAGAACGGGCUUAAGCAACUGUCCUUCAGCCUGUCUCUGGAGCCCAUUCUGGGCUCCUACAAGAUAGUGAUACAAAAACAAUCAGGAGUGAAGAAAGAGCACUCCUUCACCGUGGAGGAAUUCGUGCUUCCCAGAUUUGAAGUUCAACUAAAGGUUCCAAAGGCCGUCUCUGUGCAAGAUGAAAAAAUAAAAGUGACAGCAUGUGCAGUAUAUACCUAUGGGAAGCCUGUCCCAGGACAUGCAAAGAUAAGUAUAUGCCGUAAAUAUAUGUACUUGGGCGUUGAGAGAGAGACUGGAUGCAAAGAAGUCAAUGACCAGCUGAACAACAAAGGCUGUAUCAUAAAAGAAGAAAACAUCACUGAUUUCCACUUAAAGAUAGCCGAUUAUGGCAUCCACCAUUUUCUUGUGAAUGCAAAGGUUAUAGAAGAAGGGACAGGAAUCGAGUUCAGUGGAUCUGGAAUAACUAAAAUUGAAAGAGCCACAACCAAAUUUGUAUUUGUGAAAGCGGACUCACACUUUAGACCUGGGAUUCCAUUCCUUAUGAAAGUUCGCCUAGUGGAUGUCAACGACAUUCCUCUCCCAAAUGAGCAAGUCUUCCUCAAACUACAUCAAGAUGACCUUCCCAGUGCUACUAUCACUGAUCAGCAUGGCCUGGCAGAAUUCUCCAUCAACACCAUCAGCAUUGAGGAUAAAUUCCUCACUAUCAAAGUCUACCACAAGGAAGAAGAUCCGUGUUUUUCUUUCCCUUGCAUGGAAGAAGAAUACGCAGAAGCACAGCAUGUGGCCUACAGAAGUUAUACCAUCAGCAAGAGCAAUGUCUACCUUGAGACAGAGCCUGGCAUCUUGCCCUGCAGCCAGAUUCACACAGUUCAGGCACAUUUUAUUCUGAAGGGGCGGGUCCUGUUGUUGCUGAAAGAGCUCAAUUUUUACUACCUGGUCAUGGCCCAGGGCAAAAUCGUCCAUACAGGAAGCCACACUCACCACAGGAAACCAAGCGAACUCCCUCCAGGUCCAGUGAAAGGCCACUUCACCUUGGAGAUCCCCGUGGAGUUUGGCAUGGCCCCUGUGGCUAAAAUGCUCAUCUACGCCAUCUUGCCUGAUGGAGAAGUGAUUGCAGACUCUGCAAAAUUUGAGAUUGAAAAGUGUCUUCUCAACAAAGUGGACCUGAGCUUCAACCCAGCCCGAAGUCUCCCUGCCUCACAGGCCCAUCUGCGUGUCACAGCUUCUCCUCAGUCCCUCUGUGGCCUGAGAGCAGUGGACCAAAGCGUGUUGCUCCUGAGGCCUGAAGCUGAGCUCUCCCCUUCCUGGAUCUACAAUCUGCCAGAGAUGCAGCACAAGGACCUUACUCCAAGAUCCCACCAGUUUUCUCCAGGCUAUAUUUGUUCUAAGGUUAGAGAUAGGACUGUUGAUGAUGUCACAUACUCAAAACCAAGCAUAAAUGACAAGGAAGUUUAUGACCACAUAGAGGACACAGGUUUAGAGGCCUUCACCAACUUGAAGAUCAGACAUCCUAUAGAAUGUAGUCGUGUUGCAUAUUAUUUAACAAAAGGUUCCAGUGAUAACAGAGUCAUGAUGACAAGUGAAAAGCCAUUCCAUACAGAUUCACCACGUGAAGAUCCAACUACAGAGACCUUUCGAAACUAUUUCCCUGAAACCUGGAUCUGGGAUUUAGUCACAGUAAACUCCUCAGGUGUGGCUGAAAUGGAAGUGACAGUCCCUGACACCAUCACUGAGUGGAAGGCCGGGGUAUUCUGCCUGUCCAAUGACACUGGACUUGGGCUCUCUCCUGUGGUUUCUCUCCAAGCCUUCCAGCCCUUCUUCCUGGAGCUCACGAUGCCCUACUCUGUGAUCCGAGGAGAAGCCUUCACGCUCAAGGCCACUGUGCUGAACUACCUUCCUACCUGCAUCAGGCUGGGUGUGCAGCUGGCAGCCUCUCAAGAUUUCACAGCUGUCCCAGUGGAGAAAGCCCAAGAUUCUUACUGCGUCUGUGCCAACGGGAGGCACACCACGUCCUGGUUGGUGACUCCCAAGUCUCUAGGGAAUGUGAAUUUCUCUGUGACUGCAGAGGCGCUGCAGUCCCCAGAGCCCUGUGGUUCUCAGGUGGCCACAGUCCCUGACACCGGGAGAAAGGACACAGUUGUCAAAGUCCUGAUUGUUGAGCCUGAAGGAAUUCAGGAGGAGCACACCUUCAGUUCCCUGCUCUGUGCAUCAGAUGCUGAGCUAUCUGAAAAAUUGUCCCUGGUGCUCCCACCAACAGUAGUGAACGAUUCAGCCAGAGCCCAUUUCUCUGUGUUGGGUGAUAUCUUGAGUUCAGCCAUUAAAAACACCCAAAAUCUUCUCCACAUGCCCUAUGGCUGUGGGGAGCAGAACAUGGUCCUUUUUGCUCCUAACAUCUAUGUACUGAAAUAUCUGAAUGAAACUCAGCAGCUGACUCAGAAGAUCAAGACCAAGGCCAUUGAUUACCUCAAUGCUGGUUAUCAGAGGGAGCUGAACUACAAACACAAAGAUGGCUCCUAUAGUGCCUUCGGGGAUCGAAAUGGCCAGAAUCAAGGGAACACUUGGCUCACAGCCUUUGUGCUCAAGUCUUUUGCCCAAGCUCGAGCCUUCAUCUUCAUCGAUGAAGCACACAUCACCCAUGCCUUCAACUGGCUCUCCCAGCAGCAGCAGGACAAUGGCUGUUUCAGGAGCUCUGGAUCACUGUUCAACAAUGCCAUGAAGGGGGGAGUAGACGAUGAAGUGACCCUCACUGCCUACAUAACCAUUGCCCUUCUGGAGAGUUCAUUCCCAGCUACAGUAGGUACCAAGCAUCCUGUUGUCUCCAAAGCCCUGAGCUGCCUAGAGUCAUCCUGGAAGACAGCAGAACAAAAUGGAAGGAAUAACUCUGUGUACACCAAGGCCCUGCUGGCCUAUGCUUUCACUCUGGCAGGGAACCAGCAGAAGAGAAAUGAAAUCCUGGAAUCACUUGAUAAUGAAGCUAUAAAGGAAGGUAACUCUGUCCAUUGGGAAAGACCUGAGAAACCCAGGAAAGCAGGGAUGUCUCUGUACGAACCCCAGGCUCCCUCUGCUGAAGUGGAGAUGAACGCCUAUGUCCUCCUCGCUCUCCUCUCUGCUCAGCCAGCACCAACCCCUAAGGACCUGGCUGUGGCAGUGAGAAUCGUGAAGUGGCUCACAAAGCAGCAGAACUCCUAUGGCGGCUUCUCCUCCACUCAGGACACUGUGGUGGCCCUCCAUGCUUUGUCCAAGUAUGGAGCAGUUACUUUCUCCAGAAGUCAGAAAAUUCCUUUGGUGACCAUCCAAUCUUCAGGGACAUUUUCCCAAAAGUUCCAAGUAGAGGAGAGUAAACGCCUGUUACUGCAGCAGGUCCCUUUACCUGACCUUCCUGGGGACUAUGAAAUCAGUGUGACAGGAGAAGGAUGCGUGUAUGCUCAGACGAUGCUGAAAUACAACGUGCACUGGGAGAAGCAGCAGUCUACAUUUGCUCUCCGGGUGCAGACAGUACCUCUAACUUGUGAUAACCCCGAAGGCCACAACAGCUUCCAGAUCUCACUGGAAAUCAGUUACACCGGGAGCCGACCAGCCUCCAACAUGGUGAUUGCUGAUGUGAAGAUGAUGUCUGGUUUCAUCCCACUGAAGCCAACAGUGAAGAAGCUGGAACGGUCCCAGCACGUGAGCAGAACAGAAGUGAGCAACACCAAUGUCCUGUUAUAUCUGGAUCAGGUCACCAAUCAGACCCUGGCCUUCUCCUUCAUCAUUCAACAAGACAUCCCAGUGAAAAACCUACAGCCUGCCGUUGUGAAAGUCUAUGACUACUAUGAGACAGAUGAAGCAGCCUUCGCUGAAUACAGCAUGCCCUGCGGCACAGAGAAACCAAAUUUUUGAAACUUGUCACUCAUUGAAACUUGGACAAGGCAUUGCUGGAAUCUCCAAACCCAGGAACCUUCAAGAUGGUGAUUUUCCUUUGUCUCUGCGAUAUAAAUACUGAACAACCUUGGUAAAUAAACACAUAGUUCAAAGUG